GGGUUUCAUCUGGGCUGAUAUGAGCAAGUAUCUACGUGAGAAGACUGUAGCAGCAGAGCAACGUCUUCAGGACCGCUUUAUAGAAGAAGGGAAGGUCUACAUCCUGGGGGGCACCGCGUCCUAUUGUGCUGAACCAGGCUGGUUCCGGAUUGUGUUUUCCACCAAGAAGGAAUUUGUCGAGGAAGGAUUGCGACGAAUUGAAACUGUUUUGCUGCAAGAAAAAAAUGGCUCCCAAAAGAGUCAGUUUGAGAGUUUGAUUGACAUGACGUUGAGUUUUCUGCCUUUUAGUUAAAAUAAAAACCAUUGUUCGCACAUUUAAACACCACCCAACCAUUGUUCGCACAUUUAAACACCACCACUGUGAUAGCUGUAGGCCUACAGUACGUACAUGUUAUAUACAUGUUAUACACAUAGUAUACACAUAUUAUACACAUAUUAUACAUACCUUAAGGUGCCUUUAGACGGCUCGACAUGUACUAGUGAUAUGUAGCCAAGAGUUCAUUGGCCAGAAUGUUCGUUUCCAUUUCUCCAAGUGGUGUGUAACAAUACCAUUAAAGAGCUGAAUCGGCGAAACGUGUUUUUCCCAUGUCACCUUUAGUAAACAGUCGUGUAUACUUAAUAAUUUACGUGUAACUUUAGUAAACAGCGUGUAUAUUUCAUACUUUACGGUACCCGCGAGUGUCAUAUUUUUUAUCAGAAUUUAUGACAUUUAAAUUAAACGUAUCGUGAUCACGUUUCGAAAGUUCGGCCCAUAAUGUUUAAAAGACUACUACAAAUGGUUUCAGCAAGUUGAGCCGUGGAAAUAUACCUUAAUCCAAACAAUACACGUCACAGCUGGUACAGGGGCUUUGUAUUGGUCCAUCUCCGUUAUCUCUUAAUGCGUAGGCUGCAGUCACUAGAGGUUUAUUCUUGUCUUGUGUUGUUGUAUUUUUUCUUUUCGUUUGUUUGUUUGUUUGUUUCGCCUCGGUGUAAAGGCUCAUACAGACUGGAUGCGGCGCGUGCGUGCGGUCCCACUGUUGCGACUGAUACGUCUGCGGUUUGCGGUUUGAGUAUAUAAUACACCAUAUACGAUUAUUGUAUUGCGCCUGGCCGCAUGUGUCUUUGCAGAUGCACGCAUCCAGUCUGGACACUCUCAAUGAAACAUGUAUUUCGUUUUUUGUUUCUUUUGUUGUUGUUUUUAAUUUAUAUAUGUUUAGUUUUUUUAAUCUGGACCGCACACACGUGUCGCAUGCAAUGUGUAAGAGCCUUUAGUUACGACCCAUAGCUAUGCAUGUUUUCAUCUAGUACAAGCCAUGUUUAAAACCAGCACCACACAGCGACGUCAUCGUGUUCAUGUUGGGUAAACGUCGAGGCAGGGCAGGACAUAGCCCAGUGGUAAAGCGAUCGCCUGAUGCGCGGUCGGUUUGGGCCCAUUGGGCUAUUUCUCGUUCCAUCCAGUGCACCACGACUGGUAUAUCAAAGGCCGUGGUAUGUGCCAU